AGAAUACUUCAAAUUUCUUUGAAAAUGUUGGCAAUCGAGUGCGAGGAUAUGUACCUUUGGCAAAUGGCAAUGAAGAAGAAGAAGAAUGGUUUGCUUUGAGCAGAUGGCAGCGACUUGUAGGAUUUGGUGUGUUACUCGCUGCCGGUGCUCUUUGUCUAUUAAUCGCAUUCAUGACUCUACCGAUGAUGGUACUAAGACCGGCGAAAUUUGCUGUGACUUUUACCAUGGGCAGCAUCCUAAUUUUAUCAAGUUUUGCCUUGUUGCAUGGCCCAGUGGCUCAUCUUCGACAUGUGUCAUCUCGUGAACGGUUGCCUUUCACAAUCGCUUACUUUGUCUCCAUGGCCGCGACAUUGUAUUUUUCACUAGGACUGAAAAGCACUAUUCUUGCCCUGAUAUUUGGUGUCAUCCAAGUAUGUCGUUUCAUAUCUGCCCGGGGGAAUCAGUACCUUAUCGUAUGGUUCACGGAUGAUUGCAAGGCAAGCUUCAGGCAUUUUACCAAUCUAACCGAUACUGGUGAA